AAGAAAUUUAUCUAUAAAUUACCAUUUAAUUUGUUUUUCUUUAAACAAUUUAUGGUUAAAAAGUAAAAAUUAUGAUUCAACCGAGUUUAUUUUAACCCAAAAGAACGUUAAUUUCUUAUUGGAACUUUACGUUUAUUUAUUAGAAUUUAACUUAGAUUUGAGUUUCUUAACAACGUCUUUAUUUAAUUAUUUAAUGCUGUUUCCUCACUUAAUCAAAAAUGAUUCAGAAUUGUUUAUAAAAUUGAUUUUGAAAGAUUUAACCAAAGAAAACGUUUCGUUAAUUUGUUUAUUUUUAGAAAAAAAUCCAAAAUUAAUUGAUAUUUUAAUUAACAAUUUAGAAAAAAUUAAUUUAACCAAAUCAAGUUUAGCUAUUUUGGACGUUUUAGUUAAAAACAAAGUAAAAAUUGAUGAAUUAAAAAGUAUUUAUGAAAAAUUUGAGGGUAUGUUGUCAAAAAAUUUGGAGAAGCCCCAAAAAGCCGGAAAAUAUUUCGAGAUUCAUCAAACUUCGGUCGGCGAAUUCAUAAAAAUGUUUUUAAAACCCGAAAUAGCAACAACUUUUAUUUCAAAAGUUAAUAAAUACGAUGUUAUCGAUCCAUUUUUGGGUUAUUUAUUGAAUAUUAUUUAUCAAAUUGCGUUUAAAUGUGAUGAAAAUAACCGUGUUCUUUCAAAUUCUCUUUUGACAUUAAUUAAUUUGUUAUGUAACGUUUUCAAAAAGGAUCAAGAUCUUCUUAAAUUAGAUGAGAACGUAGCCAAUUUUAAUAAUUUCUUAAAUUUUUUGAUCCAAAAUAAAAAGGUUAUUAACACCCAACAAGUUUUAAACAACAACUUAAAAUCUUUAAUUAAAUUCUUAUUAAAAUUUGGUUUAUUAAACCGUCCUAAAUUACUUAAUUUAUUAAACAAUUUGAUUCAACUCGUCGAGUUUCCCAAAGAAGAUUUAAAUAAUGUUAUGGAAAUGUUAACCUCGCAUUCGGAAUUUAUGGAUUUAAUCAUUUUGGAGGGAAAAAACACACAAAAAUGUGAAACUAAACUAGAAUUAUUAAAAAUCCUUUUAAGACUUUUUCAAAAGAACGAAAAUUUGAUUGAGCCUAAUUUUGUUCCAUUAAUUUUAUCGAGUUACGAAGCAACCAAGUCAGAAUCGGAUCAAAUUUUACUUGCAAUAUUAAAGAUAUUUGAAGAGCACCCACAAAGAAGUAAUUUUUACGAAUACAAACCAUUUUUAUGGGGAAAAGCAGCAGCUAAUCACUACUCGAUUAAAUCCAACGUUGAAACAUCGUUAUUUCGACAACCAAAAAUCUCAACAAUCCUGGAUUUAUUAGAAAUUGAAAUCGUCCUAAACACAAUUAAAUACAACGAAACGCCAUCAAACAAUUUGAGUCCAAGAAAAACGAUUUAUGAUUUAAACUUUUUCUUGCCAUUAUUCUCAAAUUUAUUACUCCCCGAAAAUCCGAUUCAACUCUAUCGAUUUACUAAAUCCGGAGCUUUAGCAUUAACAAUUUUAGGAUUAUCAAGUCAAGAUGCACAUCAAAGAGGCUCAUCUUGUUAUGUUCUCUCAUUAUUUUACACCCAUUUAGACGCUAAACGUUCUAAAAAAGAUAAUUUAAUAUGGAUUCGUUUCGUUGAAGCAAUUUGUAAAGGAAUUUCCGCAUUAACAGACGACUUAAACAGCGAUUUCGAAUUAAAUAAUUUCGUUUCUGUUUUCUUAUCACGAAUGGCUCUAAUUUUAACGAAUCCCCAACAUGUUAUGUACCCACCUCUAUCGCAAUAUUUAACCGCAAAAUCGGUUUUAGACUUUAAAUUAAUCCCUGAGUUAUUAACAUUUUUACAUUCGCCCGAUGUGAAUUAUAAGGAACAUAAAAAGUUUAUUUUGCAGGUUAUUUUCGAUGGUUUAAAAACGAAACGAGAUUUUAAAGCAGCCUUAAACUCAAUUUCUUUUAAAUUAAUCUUGGAAAGUUUUAAUUCUUGCCUGUUCGACCGCGAAUGUAAACUGUAUGUGAUUAAAAUUGUCGAAAAAGCUUGCAAAUUAGAUGUUGGCACGAAGUUAUUGUGCGAAAAUUACGGAUUAUUUUCUUGGAUGUACAAUUAUGUAGAAAAUUUCGGUAAAGAAAACGAUUUCAUCUCGAUUAUUUUAGACAUUCUUUCGCAUAUAAUCAGUUUCAAAGAAGAUUAUAGCCAAAUAAACGAAAUUUUAAUUUGUUUUAUUAACAUCUUAAAUUCGUUUAAUGAAGAAAAUACAAUCAAGUUAUUAAAAAUUUUGUGUUCGCUAAAUAAGUUUAGGUUAAAAGAGAACAUGUUACGCCAUGUAUUUAAUGUUUUAAAUAAUAAGGAAUGUUUAUAUUAUUUGAAUCAUCUACAAACGAUUCAUUUAGGUGAUGAUCAUAUCGAAAAUGUUGAUUUUUAUUUGAAAUUGUUAACUUCAAAAUGGAUAUUGUCUAAAUAAAAUAUUAUUUUUCGAGAA